AUGGAGCCAAACUCCACAUCCUUAAGUCAUAGCAAUGGGACAAACUACUUGAAAGUUCACAACCUUUGGGAGGUUAUAACCAUUGCAACAGUCAGUGCAGUUGUCAGCCUGAUAACCAUAGUAGGAAAUAUCCUUGUGAUGGUUUCCUUCAAGGUGAACAGCCAGCUGAAGACCGUGAACAAUUAUUACCUUCUGAGCUUGGCCUGUGCUGACCUCAUCAUCGGCAUCUUCUCAAUGAAUCUCUACACAUCUUACAUUUUAAUUGGGAAGUGGUCCUUGGGUAGCCUGGCUUGUGACCUUUGGCUUGCUCUGGAUUACGUGGCUAGCAAUGCCUCUGUAAUGAACCUGUUAGUGAUUAGUUUUGACCGGUACUUUUCUAUAACGCGACCAUUAACUUACAGGGCAAAACGCACGCCUAAGAGGGCCGGGAUCAUGAUUGGACUGGCUUGGUUUAUUUCCUUCAUUUUGUGGGCUCCAGCAAUCCUUUGCUGGCAAUAUUUUGUUGGGGAGCGCACAGUGCCCCCUGAAGAAUGUCAGAUACAAUUCCUUUAUGAACCAAUAAUCACUUUUGGAACGGCCAUUGCUGCCUUUUACAUCCCAGUGUCUGUCAUGACCAUUUUAUAUUGCCGUAUCUAUAAAGAGACAGAAAAACGCACCAAAGAUCUGGCUGAGUUGCAGGGCUCUGAGUCAGUGGCUGAUUUUGAGAUGAUGAGGCCACAGGGGGCGCUGCUAAGAUCCUGUUUCAGCUGCAAGCAGCAGACACUCACCAAAAGAGAACGGUGCCAGGCCUCAUGGUCCUCAUCCAGCCGCAGUACUUCCGCUACGGUCAAGAUCUCCCAUAGUAACAACAUCUGCAACGAGUGGGCUAAAGAAGAUCAACUGACUACCUGCAGCAGCUACCCAUCUUCAGACGAUGAGGACAAGCAGGUGAAAGAAGCUGUCUUCCAGGGUGCCUAUAAGAACCAAACUGCAGCUCAAAAGGAAGAAGAAACCAAGCAUAUCCUAACAAAAGAGCAGCCGGUGCUAAAUGAUUAUGACAACGAAAGAUUCUUCCUAACACCAGGUAAAAGUCAAUCACAAAAGAGUCAAAAGUGCGUGUCUUACAAAUUUAGAAUUGUUGUGAACGAUGAUGGAUCUCAGGAGGUCAAUAAUGGGUGCAGAAAAGUAAAAAUCACCCCUUGCUCAUCCAUGUCCAAGGGACACUCUUUGAGAAGCUUGGAUCCCACCUUCAGUAACCACAUGACCAAGCGCAAGAGGAUGGUGCUCAUCAAAGAGCGCAAAGCAGCGCAGACACUAAGUGCUAUUCUCCUGGCCUUUAUCAUCACGUGGACUCCUUACAACAUCAUGGUUCUGGUUUCAACCUUUUGCUACAACUGCAUCCCAUCCUCGCUCUGGCACCUGGGCUACUGGUUGUGCUAUGUGAAUAGUACAGUCAACCCCAUUUGCUAUGCUCUUUGCAACAAAACCUUUCGUAAGACAUUUAAAAUGUUGCUGCUAUGUCGCUGGAAAAAAAAAAGCGUGGAGGAGAAACUGUACUGGUAUGGACAGCAUCCUCCGAGUCAUAACAAGCUGCCUUGA